AUAGUGCCUAAGUGCACCUUCUGUUUUCCCGGCUGGCUAAUGUCUACUAUCGCUUAUCUCUCGUUUCCUUGCGGCGUAACUGGCCCAGUUGCGCUGUAGAAGAAUGAAAAGGUUUUAAUGGUUGUUUUGUUGUUCGCAUGUGUGUGGCAGACAGCAGUACAGACUCAUGGUUAGUAUACACUAGUGACGUCUGCUGGCGAAUGGCUUCCCAUCGGAGCGCAGUGCCCUACAUGGAGAGCAGCUGAAACACUCAGGACCAGGGCAAACGGAGACACCAUGCGCACCUUGAUGUCUCUUUGUGACCCGUGUCAGUGAUUUUAAGAUCACUGAUCCACCGCCCUCUGCCUUGGUUGUCGUCGUGAGCAACCUUCAUCCAGAGAGGGCUUCCAGGUACCUCCAUGGCGGGGGAAAAGGGUCGUCGCAGCGUCAUGGAUAUCAAGCGCCUGGCGGGGCUGCUCCAGCGUGGAGCCGGGCGAUUGCUGGUCAUCGACAGUCGGACUUUCUCGGAGUACAACGCCUCGCACGUUUACGGUGCCGUCAACGUCUGCUGUUCCAAACUGGUCAAGAGGAGGCUUCAGCAGGACAAGGUGUCAGUUACCGAGCUCCUCCAACCCAACGGAAAGGUCAAGGUGGACCUGGCCCGCAGACAGGAGGUGGUGGUGUACGAUCAGGGCACUAAAGACGCCGGUCAGCUUUCCAAAGACAGCUUCGUCCACAUCCUCCUGAGCAAGCUGGACGGCACCUUCCACAGGGUGUCUCUGCUCACAGGUGGUUUUGCAGCUUUCUCUUCCUGUUUUCCAGGCUUGUGUGAAGGCAAGCCAGUGGCCACUCUGCCCAUGAGCUUGUCUCAGCCAUGUUUGCCUGUGGCGAAUGUUGGUCCCACACGAAUCCUGCCCCAUCUCUACCUAGGCUCACAAAAAGAUGUGCUCAACAAGGAUCUAAUGGCUCAAAAUGGCAUCACAUAUGUAUUAAAUGCAAGCAACACUUGCCCAAAGCCAGAGUUCAUCUCCGAAAGCCAUUUCAUGCGCAUACCCGUCAAUGACAACUACUGUGAAAAACUCCUGCCAUGGCUAGACAAAACCAACGAGUUCAUUGACAAAGCCAAGCUUUCCAACUGUCGAGUCAUUGUCCAUUGUUUAGCUGGCAUCUCCAGGUCCGCCACCAUCGCCAUUGCUUAUAUCAUGAAGACAAUGGGCUUGUCAUCAGACGACGCAUACAGGUUUGUGAAGGACCGCAGACCUUCAAUAUCCCCCAACUUCAACUUCCUGGGUCAGCUGCUGGAGUUUGAGAAGGGUCUGAGGUUGCUAAAAGCUCUGUCCUCAGGUCAGGAGAAGUUGGAGCAGUUAAAGGAAUUAUCCGAACCUAGGGGAGAAUCUUCAAGCGAUCCCGAAAAGGGACGCCUGGAGGCGGACAAAGACCGCACAGAAUUUGACGCUAAGCUACCUUCUCCAACCUCCCUCCAGCAGGGCUUUAAUGGCUUGAAUCUUUCGGCAGAGCGCAUCCUGGACACCAACCGUCUCAAACGCUCUUUCUCGCUUGACAUCAAAUCUGUCUACGAGCCCAACCACUGUCCUCGCCUCGCACCUGUGCAUACCGAAGAUGUCCCCAAACUCUGCAAGCUGGACAGCCCAGAGGCUGGAGAAGCCAAUGGAGUAUGCCAAUACUCGCCUCUUUCAGUCAGCCCUGGUUUAGCUGAAUCUCCCGAGAGCAGCUCCAGACCUCGUUCACGGAGGAAAAGCAAGCACAAUGGUAGCAGCGCUGGAAGUUCUCCUGUGCACUCGCACAGCCUAAACCUCGGACGCUCACUCCCUGCGCACAAAAGUCCCAGUCUUGAUGACAAUCUGAAGCCCUCCCUGCUGCUCAGCCUUCCCACUGUGGGCACCGGGCCCAUGUGGACCAAGCAUAGAGACACCGUUCAGGCCACAACGCCUGUUACGCCAACAGGCGAAGCCCCUUGGUUCUACAGUUCGGAGUCAAUGAACAGUAAUGGCGGUGGAGGAGGGGCUGUACACUUUCCUACGCUAGGCUGCAGCAGUCUCCCUGGGCCGUGUGAGGCUGUGCGUCUGCGGGAGAAGGUGGGGGAACCGCGGGACUCGAGGGGCAGCUGGCACGAGGAUGCUCCCACUUCCUGUGCUUCCGACAAGCAGUUUAAGCGGCGCAGCUGUCAGAUGGAGUUUGAAGAGGGGAUAUCAGAGACACGUUCAAGGGAAGAACUGGGAAAGAUCAGCAAGCAGUCCAGCUUCUCUGGGAGCAUGGAAAUCAUUGAAGUAUCCUGACAUCCCCUGCACAGCCCCUGAGGACUUUUACCGACAGUCAGCGGACAGGCGUCGCUCAUGAUCAAGGAUGAUCAUGGCUUGUCGAUAAUGACUAGUUCUUUUUCGUUGUCUUUUUAAGCCAGUGGAACCGGACACAGAUUGACUUUGCUUUUGACUUUCUACUGUUUUUUAAGCCAUAGACAUCCCCAGAUGACAACGCGCUGAGACUCCAGUGGCAGAAUCCCUCGUAGAAACAGACCCCCCUCCGAAAUGAUUGAGAAUCAAGCAUGGCUGUUAAGCUUACACUUGUUUCUUUUAUUAUGCCAUUUUAUGAAGUUACACCGCCACAGCACAAGGAGUCAGCAUAGACUAAGCCUUGGUGGUACAUGCUUUUCCUGGCUGAAUGAAGGCCUCUUUGUGCAGUUCUCUUGUCCACCCUGGUCCUGUAUCCUAGCAUUCAUGGAAUCCUGGAGGAGGAACCAGGCAUGUCAUGAAGGAAACGCAUUGUGGGCAUAUUCCCAUGAUGUUCUGUCACUCUUUUGUCACCCAGAUUUCAGGGUCUUGUUCUUCCCUUCCUGCGCCCAAGUGGUGAUGCUCGAACUGUUGCGCAAGCCCACGUUCCUCUCACCGAGCAUGCUUCGAGGCUGCUGUUUUCCUUACAAACAAAUAGUAAAUGAACUAUACACAGUGAUUUCAAUGGAUGUUUAAAAACAUUUUUUUCUUUUCUUAGUUACAUUUUUAAUUUAUUCUACUGGUUCAUUCUGGUAAUGAGAAAUAAUAUAAAAGAUUGUGGAGUUUUUAUUUUUCCUCUUUUUUUUAGUGUUUUCAGUGAUAUUUACGAAAAUACACUUGCAAGACCUACAAGCAAUAUGUUUUCACUUAUUGUCCUCCUUUUCGUUCAUAAGAGAGUGCGGUUAUUACCAGGAAUUAUCUGACGUUAAAAUGCACUUUCUUUUGCUUUAAGUGGGAUGUUUUUGGAUGUUCUCAUUAAAAGGGUACCACAACGCUUUACAAAAAAAAAUCACGUGUAACCAUUUAUGUCCUGCGGUGUGCGUCACAAACUAAAGCAUUUGGUAUGGCUUUCAUUUGUCUCUCCAGCCUGCUGGCUUGAAUUAUUAAAGACUUUAAUCCAGCAUGAAUAAUCUAGAGUCAUCUAGAAGAAUAUGUAUGAUACCCCAUCAAUUUUCAAGAAUUUGAUUUUUUGUAUUAACAAGCACACAAGACAAAAUGAAGGGAAAAAUGACAGGGACUAUAAAGGGGUUUGUCUGUGUCCCCCAUUUGUUCUGCAUAUUUAUGAUAUUAUUUAUUGUUUGUUUGGGUCUGAUUGCGGGAGGAUGUAUGAUGGAUGUUGUGAAUGACCCUUCGCAGAUGCUCAUAUAGACUUGCGUCUUGGAGAGGAGAUAAGCCCCUAAACUUUAUAUCUACGACUGCGCACCCAAACACAACUAGAUGCAUUUUUAAUUUUUUUAAACCUGACUGAUGAUCUGUUGAUCAGCUAGUUUAUAUUAGAUCAUAAAACUUUAUAUGUACAACCAAUAACUGAUAAGAACAGAAUCUGCUCUAUGGUGACUCUGCUCAUUCGGCUUGCUUUUUUUUUUUUCUCUCAGGGGAGCUUUUGAUGACUCAAUUACAAAUCUGGGCUCUGAGCUUUUUCUUUCCUGUCCUUUUCACUCAUUCUCUACACUUUCUCUCCCUUUUUCCUCUCCAUUUCUCUCAGAAUCUCUAGAACGCUCCAAAGUUUAUAUAUAACACAGAAAGGGUGUGUGUGUGCAAAUGUGAAUGCCCUCUCCAUGUGAGAUAGUUCAGCAAUUUAUUUAUGUCUGUAUUUUUUUCAGUUAGCUUUUCUGAAUGGCAAAUCUUGUAUUUUGUGCUGCUGUAAUUGUUUUCCUUGUGUGAGACAUUACCUGUAUUUCCUUUUCCUUCCCUGUACUAUAUUUUUAAAGACAUUGUUAUCAUUAUUUAAAACAUGUAAUAAAAAGAUGCAGGCUGUCCUUUUUUGCUGAUAAUGUUGAAUAGUUGGCAACUAAUUAUUAUUAUUAUUAUUAUUAUUAUAUGUUGUGUGAAUAGCAUCGUAUCAACAAAACUAAUUGAGAUAGGGAAU